AUGUUCGACUUUAAUACUGAUCAACCCCUCUAUCUGCCAUUGCCAGAUUUCAGUCAAGUCAACUAUUCCGAGUUACGUAAAUUUCUCGCUCGUGUGGACUGGCUGGAAGUUUUCGACAACUAUCAGUCGGUUGCAGAAAUGUAUCGCCGUUUUUGCCUAGUGAUGUACGAUAGUUUAGCCAAGUUUGUCCCGCUGAAGUUUAACAAAAAUUAUGUACCUACUUAUCGUUUGCAUUUACGAAAUCUAUUUGACCAAAAGAAUCGACUCUUCUACCAACUUGAUAACCCUUUGAACAACGCUCUCUAUAGAAAAAUUUGCGCUGAUCUUGACUAUCACGUGAAAAAAUACCUUGUAUAUCGUGAGCGGCGUUUGUCGAAAACAUGUAUGAAAAAGUUUCAUAAUUUCCUCGCUAAAAGAAUUAAACAGGCACAAAAACUGCCUGUGUUGAGGACUGACAAUGGGAAUUUGAUCAAAACCGAUCUCGAAAAAGCUAACGCACUUGCUGAAUUCUUCGCUUCUAACUACUCAUUAAAACUGAAUGAAAGAAGUCAUAAUCUUCCAUUGCCAACUACUGAUUCCUCUGCCACUCAGGUUCCUCAAAGGUCGUUCGACUUUGUCAUCUAUCCAAAUGAAGUCCUUACCGUUCUAAAACGUUUAAAUCCUUCGUUUUCGUGUCCCUACUAUUCUCUCGUAUUCUCCAGAUAG